AUGAAGCCAUUCCAGUUCUUCCCCAUGCUGUUCCCUCCUGCCCUGCUCUUCACGAGCUAUGCCAAUCUGCAGGGGUUCAAGACCGACACUGCUGGUAUUAGCGCGGCUUGGUCGGGACUGUACCUGCUACUGGCAGCUCGCCGGCGCCAACCCUUCAUGAAGAAAUUCGGUGUCCGGGGUGUUGUUCGCGGUGCGACAAUGAGUCUGGCCUUGGUCAACAUGAUUGGUGGUGGCUUGGCUUACACCCUCGGAAAGAGGGAAGAGGAGGAGGAAUGA